AUGGCAGAAGAGCACAUUUACAUGAGCAUCAAGACGCAUGGGGCCAAAGUCAAGAUCAAGUUAGGCGAACGCAAUAAAACCGUGAUAGACCUCGUUCCGCAUCGUUUUGAUAAAGUCAAUGGUAUUAUUGAAUUUCGUUCACGUAACCAAGCAUCGUUAUUGUUCCAUUUGCAAUACAAUCCUUCGCUGGAACGUGUUUAUGAACUUCCGCCUUAUGUUCCGAUGCGAACUUUAUCUGAUCGUCGCUACGUGGGUGACAAGGGCAUGAUCCUCAGCAUGUCUUACCUCCAUCCGCAGGAUGAAUAUCAACAUUUGGAGCGCCAAGUAGCCGCUAUUGGCGGACUUCCCGUUCACUUGGCUGCCACGUCGUCGGCCGACCACCGUACCGCAGCGUCGUUGUCUGGAUCCAUGCCAUCGUCGCCCCGACUGGAAAUUCACCACUUACGUGUCACCCUCGGAUGGAUCGUGUCCGGCAUGAACCCCAAAAUUUCUCCCACGGAUAUCUACAGUGACCGGUAUCAUCAUCUUGCCAACUGCCUUGCGCGUCACGGAUUUUACAAAUACGAUCCAGUCUCUGAACCUGUGCUGGCUUACAUCCUUGAGGACGAGGAUGAUCUGCCUGCCAGUCUGGUGAAAUAUGUCCAAGCGCACACUCACGAAUGCCACACACGGCUCACACGACUUCAGCAUAUGUUGGAGGGAGCAGGCGUUGAUGCACGUGUACUAUGGAAAUACACUUUUGCUAAAUCGUUUGUGAUUGGCAACGGAUCCCUUUUAGGGGAAGAAGAUGUGGUCCGUCGUAUCCAGGAUUCCGAAGACGAAUGGCGUCGUCAACGUGUCACUUUGACCAGAAAAUUGGCGGCAGCCCAUUAA